CCAAGCAAAGGCGCUAUCGCAACUCGCACUAAAACAACAAUGAAAAGAUCGUCAAGCAUGUUGAUAUUGUUCUUGUUUUUACUGAUAAUAAUCCCUUGUGAUCAUGCAAUCGAAUCGCCUCAAUACACGGUGGCGUUGUUGGCCACUGAUUUUGAGAUCAGACACUACAGAAAUUCCACCUGGAUGUCUGCUGCUCUCCAAGGAACCUCCUUCGAGAAGUCCACACAAGAAGGCUUUCACAGGCUGUACCGAUUCAUUCGUGGCGAGAACCUCAACUCCUCCGAAAUCGAUAUGACCUCUCCUAUCGUGACGGGCAUCGCGCAAUCCUCUCAAGGAUCCUUCAGAUCAUACUGGGUCAGCUUCUAUUUGCCAGCCAAGUUUCAAGGUGUCCCUCCACAGCCUGAUCCUGAGCUGAACUUGAAACUCGACGAGCAGAAAGCACAUUGCGUGGCGGUGAGGAAGUUCGCCGGGUUCGCUAGGGAUGAUAACAUCGACGGAGAAAUGGAGGCUCUUGUGGCCAGCUUGGACAAUUACACGUCCGGCAGGAUUGCUAUGGACGACAAGAACGAGUUUGCUGUCGCGCAAUAUAACGCUUCGCAUCAUCUCUCAGGACGCUUAAAUGAAAUUUGGCUUGACGUCGGUACCCCGGUUGCAGAUAAAUGUCAACCUUAAGCAUGUUUGCGUGUACCAUAUGAAUAAGCGUAUGUUAUGGCUAUCUCUGUGCAUUAUGAAUGCCUAUUUGGUGAUUGUAAACGUUGGAAUCCCGCAGCAACUUAAUCGAUGCAUUCGACCAUCUGAUA